AAGUCGCGUACGUUCGCCGUCCCACCGAAUGUUCCAACCCGAUCACACGGCAGCAGGUCCUCUUCAUAUCCCACUCGUCGCCUCCGCCUCAUCUCGUCGUCGAGAUCCGGUCAUCACUGCUACUGACCGGUGUCAAUCCCCUCCCUUCGUCUCCGAUCCGAAGCCCUAAACCCUCCUCCGAUGGCCGGUGGGGCGGAGGAUCCGGCAGCACCGCCCAAGAAGCAGCGGAGAGGGAUCGUCUCGCGGCUGUGGGGGUGGAUUUUCGGGGGCCGUAGCGAGGACUACGAGAAGCGGCUGCAGCACCUGUCCAAGGAGGAGGCUGCCGUCCACGCGCGGAUGAAGCGACGGGCGCAGUCCUCCAGGCGCAUGAUCCGGAAUGUCAUCGUCUUCUCCGUCAUCCUUGAGGUGGUAGCAGUGGUUUAUGCUAUCAUGACAACCAGAUCAGCAAAUAUGAACUGGCAGAUUAGGGCAAUACGAGUUCUACCUAUGUUUGUGUUACCUGGUUUAUCUUCUGUUAUUUAUUCUACCCUUGUAAGCUUCACAAGGAUGUUUGAUCGCAAGGACCAGAAGACUCUUGACAAGCUACGUGCUGAGAGAAAAGCGAAGAUUGAUGAGCUUAAAGAGAGAACCAAUUUUUACAAUACACAACAGCUUAUUCAGAAAUAUGACCUUGAUCCUGCUGCAAAGGCUGCAGCAGCAACAAUUCUGGCAUCUAAGUUGGGAGCAGACUCUGGUUUGACAGUUUAUGUUGGAGAUGAACCUAAUCCAUGUGCCCCAUUGGUGAAAAGCAGUGAUGCCAAACCCGUUCAAACCACUGGGCUAAGAAACAGGAAACAAUCACAUGCAAGAAGCAGUAGCACUGUUAUUUCCCAAUCGGUCAGUGAAACUCCUAAUGAGUUUGGGGUUGGUGCCCAAGAAAUUCCUUCUCAGGCCCAGAAGGCUGUUGAGCACUACAAAGGCUCUAGCUCUUACGGUGGUGGUUGGAUUGCUCGUAUAGCAUCCUUGCUCGUAGGCGAGGAUCCAUCACAGUGCUAUGCUCUCAUAUGUGGCAACUGCCAUAUGCAUAACGGACUUGCAAGGAAAGAGGAUUUUACGCACAUAACGUAUUAUUGCCCCCAUUGUCAUGCAUUGAAUACGUCUCGGCAAUCAGGAGAGCAUGAUUCAGGUUCCAGAUCUGGCCAAGGCAAUUCCUUUUCGAGGAGUGAAGUCACAAACGAUCCGCCAAAAGUUCCAGAGCAGCCAGUUGGGAAGAGUGAUGCUAAAGAACACACCUCAGAGGCUACUUCAUGAUUAUGGAUUGACAAAACAUAAAUGCAUAUUCUCGAGGGGGUAUGACCGAAUUAAGUUUGGAGCAUCAGAUACACUUGCUGCUGCUUCCAGUCAGGUUUCAUCUUUUCUCAUUUUGAAGAACGUGAAACUUUCAUAUCUUUUA